AAACAAACCAUUCUUAUAAAGUGGAACAUAUUCAAUAUUUGUUUUAUUAUACUGUUCCUUUAAAUCAUGGAAUGUUUUGUAAUUUGGCACUGAAGAUGGAGUACUUUACUCAGACUGGAUGUUGAAGAACAUCUCAUGGAUGGAAUCUCUCUGACAUUGCCGGUUGUGGAGACCUGCUUGUCCAGUUAUGUCAACAAUCUGAUCACUAAGUUAGCUUUCACUGAAGCAUGCGAUGAUAAUGCACUGAAUGAAGGAUUUCUAGACUUCAAGUAUAUCUGUAGUAUGCUUUCAGGUAACGCAGAGGAUGAGCCAAGUGUAUACUUUCCAGCCUGUGUGACCAGUUUAGCUCCAAUUCUUACCUCAGUAGAAAAUCUUGUGGGAAAGAUUGGUCCGCAGAACUUCCUUGAUACUUACCUUCCAUAUGUAUCCUGGACUGGAAAACAACAGGUACUGGCGGAAAUAUGGCGCGACAUGUUUACUCACAACCCUGUGAAUGAAGUCACUGCCCUGCUGGUCUCCUCAGCUGUUCUUGAGAGAGCUCUCGGGGAUGUGUAUAUGUUGAAAGGGCCAGCCCCGUGUCCGUCCAUGCUGAAAGAUCUGCUUGUAACAGAGCAGCUGAAGGAAAUUCUUGGAGAACACGUGAUGUGCAUACUCCGGCUGGUAAUGGGUCCUCCAACCUCUCUUAACCUCCGAAAUGUUGCAUGGCAUGGUUUUCCCUUUCCGGGAGAAAUACCAGCAAGGUGUAUUUGGUUCCUGAUACUACUGGUACCCAGCAUAGGUCGAGUGUUGGAAGAGAGGCUGGUCCCAGUGCUGAUGUUACACCGGGAACCUGUGGUCUUUCCUCGCACCAAACUUAUUACAGAGGUUGAUAUUUUGUCUAGCAAGGACCUCAUUGAGGCUGUAAAAGACACCCAAUUUUCAUCCUGGGACACAAGAAUGUUUUGGACAAAUAUCACCAGUUUAUAUACGCAAGAAAGGUAUGGUGAAUGUACCGCUCUUCUACUCUACUACCUAGAGCAAGGUCUACGGCUUGUGUUUGCUACUGCCAACAACUGCGAGAACAGAAUUUUGACUGCUGAGGCAACGACAUUAUACACUACAUUUGAUGAGAUGUUAGAUCCUUUUCUCCCUGAUGGGUCUGAAAACCGACUGAGGAUGGUUAUAGGAGAAGAGAUAUUGGAAAUAAUCCUUGACCACCUGACCUACUCGGGCGGCCCUAGGGUGAGGGACCGUUUGAGUCACGGUGAAGCAUGCUGGGAAAGGUUUCCAUGGCAACUCACACGUAAUCUGGCAACUAUCUGUGUGGCACUGUCAGCCAUGUUUGUAAAGGAUGGGAAACAUAUUCAUAACAAAUGUGUAACCAUACUUCAUGAGGAUAUUAAGUCAUACAGUGUCCAGUUUCAUAGAAUAAGCCUGUUAAAGAAGGAGAUAUCUACCUUCUUUAAGAAAGCAUCUGAGACAGAUUCCAUGAUUUUACUGCAGCCUGACCUUAGUGAAAGAAAGCCAAACGAUCCUUUCCAGUCUACAGAUGAAGUAUCUUCACUUGAAGCAAAGCUCAGGGACAUCGUUGCUGUUUUUGAUGGACAUUGGGCAUAUGUGGGCUCAAAAUGUUUUCAAUAUUGUGACCUCCAUCAUUUGAAAUCAACAGUUGAUGAAAUUUUGCAGCAAAAGAUACAUACCCUGUACAGAAACUCGAAGGGUUCCAACUGUGAUAUUGAAAAUGAGGUGCUAACACUGCUGGACCAUAUAGUAGAUGAGUGUUUGCAAGUCAUCACUCAGAUGCAACAGUUUGCAACAAACAGGCAACAGCAGAUGACGCUAAAACAGCUCAGGUCACGGCAGAGAGAGAACUUCAAGAAGUUCCUAGCAAGUGUACCAUCAUUGGUUGUGGGGCCGUGCACAUGUGUAUACAUGUGUUGUUGCCAACUAUAUCAACUUGAUGAAAUAAAGGCGAGGGAAGGACCUCAAUCAAACAACAAAUUAAUCAAAUUCUGGAAGUCUGUGCUGAAGUUGUGUGAGAAUUUACGAACAUUUACGCACCAUGAUAAGAACAAAUGGACAGAAGGGGAGGACCCAGCCGGAACAAUUUUUCAGUCGGCCGAUUGUUUCCCAGUAUUCGACACUCCUCGGCCAUUUUUAUCGACAACAACCUCGGCUGUAUGCCAGUACAUCAGUAGAAGUAGUAACGCAGAGGAUGAGCCAAGUUUGUACUUUCCUGCCUGCGUGACCAGUUUAGCUCCUAUACUUACAUCGGUAGAAAAUCAUGUGGAAGAGAUUGGACCACAGAACUUCCUUGAUACUUACCUUCCAUAUGUUUCCUGGACUGGAAAGCAACAGGAUGAAGUCACUGCCCUGCUGGUCUCCUCAGCUGUUCUUGAGAGAGCUCUCGGGGAUAUGUUAGAUACUUACCUCCUUAAUGGGACAGAAAACCGACACAGGAUGGUUAUGGGUGAAGAUAUAUUGGAGAUACUUCUUGACCACCUGACCUACCCGGCUGGCCCGAGGGUUAGGGACAGGUUUAGUCACGGUGAGCCAUGCUGGGAAAAGUUUCCAUGGCAACUCAAACGUAACCUGGCAACCAUCUGUGUGGUUUUGUCAGCCAUGUUGGUGAAGGAUGGGAAACAUUUGCAUAUGAGUAAUGAUCCGAACAAAGCUGUAACAGCACUUCAUGGGGAUAUUAAGUCAUACAGGGUCCAGUUUCAUAGAAUAAGCCUGUUAAAAAAGGAAAUAUCUACCUUCUUUAAGAAAUAAUCUGAGACAGAUUCCACGAUCUUACUGCAGCCUGACCUCGGUGAAAGAAAGCCAGACGAUCCUUUUUCAGUCUACAGAUGAAUUAUAUACCCUUGAAGCAAAACUCAGGGAUAUCGUUGUUGUUUUAGACCGACAUUGGGCAUAUGUGGGCUUAAAGUGCUUUCAGUACUGUGACCUCCAUAACUUGAAAUCAACAGUUGAUGAAAUUUUGCAAGAAAAGAUCCAUACCCUGUACAGAAACUCAAAGCGUUCCAAUUAUGAUAUUGAAAACGAGGUGUUAACACUGCUUGACCAUAUAGUGGAUGAGUGUUUGCAAGUCAUUGCUCAGAUACAACAGUUUGCCACCAACAGGCAACAACAAUUGACGCUGAAACAGCUCAGGUCACGGCAGAGAGAUAACUUCAAGAAGUUCUUAGCAAGUGUACCAUCAUUGCUGUUGGGGCCAUGUACAUGUGUAUAUCUGUGUUGUUGGCAACUGUAUCACCUUGAUGGAAUAAAGACGAGAGAAGGACCUCAAUCUAACAGCAAAUUAAUCAAAUUCUGGAAAAGUGUGAUGCAGAUUUGUGAAAAUUUACGAACAUUUACGCGCCAUGACAAAAACAAAUGGACAGAAGGGGCAGAGUUAGUGUACCAACUGUAUGAUUGCAUCAGAUCUAAUUUGAAACAAUGCUUUGAUUGAUAUUUCGUUUAUGGCAUGCAAAUAAAUGAUUUAAUCAAUUGUUAUAAGUGUGUAGCUCAUAGGGUUGUAGUAUUGUUGUUUUUCUUUAUCACAUGGCGAAGGUUUUAUUAAACUAUGAUUACGUGUAUUGAAAAAAGCUUUUAUGUUCAUACGAAGGCAUUACUUUCACAUUCAUAUAACUUGUGAACAGAUAUUGAUGAAAAAUAAAUGAAG